UUUCUUCCGUUUUUGACAGACGAAUGAAGUGGGAUGCCUGCUAGGCCAACUGCUGCCCCGGCCGGGAGCCCUGGGCUCACUUCGCAGCCUGCUGCUGCUGAGUUUCAGACCGCAGUCCUCAGCAUCUGCCCGGCUUUGCCUCCCUGCCGGAGUCUGCGAAUCGAUGGAUGUUGGGCGCAGGCUUUCCUUGGGUGGGUUAACGUUGGCUUAGGCUAAAGCCCCACAGCUCCCACCUUGUGCCUCCUGUUUAUCUGCCCACCCGCACCACUACCACCGAAGUACGUGCCCCUUUGGUAGGGUCGGGGCUCCCACCCGAGCAAGGGGGAGGGCGCCUCCCCAUCCCCUCCUCCGCAUCCCCGCCGCGACUCGGGGUUUUACUGCAGCAGCCGGAGGUGACAGCGACGCCUUAGCCUCCUCCAGCUCUCAAAGCCCCGGCUUCUCCUGCAUCCAGCGCCCCCUCCGGAGAGGUUUGUCCCCGGAGAAGUGCUAACGAGCUUCAGGAAACCAAAUUUUAAAAUGUAGAAGUCGCUGGGCCGCAUUCCUCCGAGGACGAGCCCGAUCGCCCAGGACCGAGAGUGGCAGCGUGUGGGAAGUUGGGACCAUAGAGCAAGUGGGGGAGGGGAGUGGUGCAGCCGGCAUUCUCUUCUGGAAGGAGUCGCUGGGAACAGUGCGGUUGGACACAAGUUUGCCUGGGAGUGUUUUCCUUUUGUCAAUAAUUAAUCACCGGAAUCAGUCUGGCAGAAUUGGAGUUUUAGCAGUAGUGCAGAGGGCGGGGCCGAACACCUAACUCCCGGAGGCUGGAGGCACCCCGCACAGUGGGAAGCUCGCAGCAGCUGGGGAGGAGCCAAAACCUUGGUGCUCGCUCACCUAAGCCGCAGGGAGAUACACCCAACCGGGAGAUGAGGAAACUGCAACACAGAGAGAAGUAACACACACAGAAUCAUUCCUCAGAGGAGCAAGAACAAGAACCCAGACCUGGACCCUCCUAGGCAGGGAAGACUUUCUGCAGCUUGAAGAAGCCAAUAUGGAUUUCAAGGGCGUGAAGGACUAUUUCUCCUGGCUCUACUAUCAAUACCAAAUCAUUAGCUGCUGUGCUGUCUUAGAGCCCUGGGAGCAAUCCAUGUUCAAUACCAUCUUACUAACCAUUUUUGCUAUGGUCGUGUAUACCGCUUAUGUUUUUAUCCCAAUCCACAUUCGCCUGGCCUGGGAAUUUUUCUCCAAAAUAUGUGGCUAUCAAGGUAUAGUUUCUAAUUGAUAUUGUUUGUAUUCUAUGAAUGGGCAUCGCAUAUGUAUAUGUUGCUUACACUGUAUUGAUUUAGGUGGAUACAGUGGGUUCUUUCACUAUCUGACCUGAAAAGCUCUCUCCUCUAUGCAUUUGUAUAUCCUGCCUGAGAUUUGACAUAGAUUUCUCUUUACCUGCUACAUUGUGCGUCAGACCAUUGAUAAUACAGUGACCUUACCUCACCUAUCAGAUUCUCUCAACUUAAAUCUAGGACUUUAGAAUUUGUUUUUAAUCAGGAACUUUCAUAUAAACUCUUUCUGGAAAGUAGGCUCAUAAGAAACCUAUCAGAUUCAUACUGAAAAUGCUCCCUGGAUACCUACUCUAUAGUGAAGGAUAUAUUUUUAAAAAAUUUGUUCACAGACUACUGUCAAAGGUAUCCUAUCCUUGUUUACAAUAUACAAAAAUAUCUGAAUAAAUUAUAUAGAUCCCCCAAGUCUUUUUUUCUAGUAACCUGUUGAUACCUAAAAUUCUUUUACUUCGUAUAAAACGAUGGGUUGAAGGCAAUUAUCUCCUUUCAUACAUGGUUCAUGAAUUGUUUCAAAUGCCUCUAAAAAUUUGGCUUUAUAACAGUUUAAAAUCUAAAAUGUUGAUUUUUAGAUAAUCCAGUAAGUAUUAUGAUACAAAAUAAUUUUAAAUAUAAGAAGCAAGAUAUAAUCAAAGUAAAUUGAGAUAUUGUGACUUGUGAGGCUGCCUUACCUUGCGUGAUGCUGGGGGAAAAGAGACAAGAAAUUGCUUCUUUUCUGUGCUUUCACUCAGUGGAAGGGGAGAAAAAUCAUAUAUUGGGCUACAGGAAGAAAAGCUAAUAAAUAGACUGGAAGUAAUAUUCUGCCAGCAGGAACUCGACAGCUCCAGUUAAAUGCUUUGAUAUAGUGGCUCCUUUGCAGAGCAAAACCAAGAUUUAUUAAAUUUCCUUCAAAGUGUUUAUCUUAAAAGAAAUUAAAUACAAGGUUUUUAAUUAUACUGCUGAAUCAAAUGUGAAUGCCAAAGACCAAAUCUUGUAGCUUUUCUUUCCUCAAUAAAUAUUAAUGUUGGUAAUUCUGGAGGGUAAAAAUAUAAAUGGGUUUUGGACAAUGUUUUCACACUCGUUUGCGUUCUGAAAAAAAAAUUCCAAGGACAGCUAGAGAGAAAGAUGUUUGGCAUGCCGAAUUAGCUUGCAUGUUUGUUAAAAGACAAAGACACGUGUUUUGAAGAUAAACCAGAUCUGAACAUGUAUUUGUUGAUUUUUGCAAAAUAAAAUUAGGUUUAAUUUUAUAA